AUGCCUCUUAACAUUGUUGUCAUCGGAGCCGGGCUCGGUGGGCUGGCCGCCGCCCUUUCCAUCAAGCAAGAGUCGCCGGCUCACAGCGUUUUGGUUGUGGAAUCAGCUCCUGUACUAGCCGAGAUCGGCGCAGGUCUCCAACUUACACCCAAUGCGACCCGGCUGCUGCUAAGGUGGGGAUUGAAAACCAGCCUCGAGCCUCUGGCUAGCAGUCCCGAGGAAUUCCUCGUCCGUCGCUUUGACGGCCGCAAGAUCCUUGGCCACCGACAGAACUUUGCUGCUGAAAUGCUCAACAAGUACAAGUCACCCUAUUGGGAUAUGCACCGAGCAGAUCUCCAGCUUGCCAUGUUUGAACGGGCCAAGAGCCUCGGUAUCCGCUUCGAGUUUGGUACAAUAGUGACUGAUGUAGAUCCCGCCGUUCCUCAGCUGACUACAGACAAGGGUGAUAAGAUCACCGGGGAUCUGGUGAUAGCUGCAGAUGGACUUUGGUCAAAGACUCGGUCCAAGAUUCUCGGUAGGCCUAGUCAGCCGAUAGCCACAGGAGAUCUUGCGUAUCGAAUUAUUCUCAAGAAGGAAGACAUUCAAGAUCCUGAGCUACGAGAAUUCAUUGACAAGCCGCGUGUCUGCUUAUGGGCUGGCCCAGAAUGCCAUGCGAUUUACUACCCACUUAAGAACAACACGAUGGCAAAUAUUGUUCUCUUGGUCCCAGAUAAUCUGCCAGACAAUGUGGCCAAGAUGCCUGGUGAUCUCUCCGAAAUGAGGGAGAUCUUUGACAAGUGGGAUCCGCUAUUGCAAAAGUUUCUCUCUCAAGUGGACAAGAUUGAUAAAUGGAAGCUCAUGCAUCUGGACGAGCUGGAGCGCUGGUAUAACGAGGAGGCCACCGUCGCAUUCUUGGGUGACUCAUGCCAUCCCAUGCUGCCGUACAUGGCACAGGGAGCUGGUUCUGCUAUCGAAGACGGUGCUGCGUUGGGUAUUAUCCUCUCCAAAGUGGACAGAAGAGAGCAGCUCCCUCAAGCUCUGAAGACGUAUGAGAACCUGAGAAUUCCCCGGAGCAGCGCGUUGCAGAAAUGGAGCGUGAAGCAGAGACACAUCAAUCACUUGCCCGAUGGUCCUGAGCAAGAAGCUAGGGACCGUCUGGCAGAAUCACAACUCUACGAUCAGCAGCCAGGCUACCCAUUUUACUGGAUCGACCCAGGCGCACAAGACUUUGUCUAUGGAUAUGAUGUUGUCGCUGAGGUCAGUCGUUCAUAG